AUUUGAUUAUAUGGUGAAACAUAAAAAGAUGAAGGAAAUUUGUUAUCUUUUGUUAGCGGUGAUUGGGGGCUCAAAUGCAAAACCCCAUACAUAGGAGAGGGAGAGGCCAGCCAGGUAGACAUAAACCGGAAAAAGUAAUACAAAGAAAAGUAGUAAGCAAAACCGUGGAAAAAAGCGUUGUGUUGUGUUUAUUUUUUUAUUUGAUAAUAAUAACCGCAAUCAUCAAAUGUGUGUGGAUUCAACAAAUUGAGGUUUUUGAUGGAAUUCCGAUGAAUCCUUUUUCUUUUUAAGUAGUGAGUGGGUUGCUUUUGGUGAUGAAGUUUUUGAGAUCGGAGGACAAUGAAAGAUCUUUUCUGGGUUUUACAGAUUUUUCAUGAUUAUGUUGGUGUUUUAAGUCUUUAAAGAUCAAGCAUUCUAGUCUGAAACAAGAUUGGAUUUUUUUUUCUUCUACCAAUCUCUCAACCUGCAAUCAUGCAUUUCGCAAAGCUCGACGACUCUCCGAUGUUCCGUAAACAGAUGCAAUGUUUAGAGGAAAGUGCUGAAUUGCUGAGGGAUAGAAGCUUAAAGUUCUACAAAGGAUGUAGAAAAUAUACCGAAGGGCUUGGUGAGGGAUAUGAUGGGGACAUUGCUUUUGCCAGCACCCUUGAAACAUUUGGCGGAGGACAUAAUGAUCCGAUUAGUGUCGCAUUUGGAGGUCCUGUGAUGACAAAAUUUACAAUUGCACUACGGGAGAUUGGAACAUACAAGGAAGUUCUUCGAUCUCAGGUCGAGCAUAUACUGAACGACCGAUUACUGCAAUUUGUGAACAUAGAUUUGCAUGACGUAAAGGAGGCACGUAAGCGGUUUGACAAGGCCAGUCUUCUAUAUGACCAGGCUCGGGAGAAGUUUCUGUCCUUGAAGAAAGGCACCAAGAAUGAUGUAGCUAUAGUUUUGGAGGAGGACCUUCAUAAUGCAAGGGCUACUUUUGAGCAAGCUCGCUUUAAUCUGGUUACGGCACUUUCUAAUGUUGAAGCAAAAAAGAGAUUUGAAUUUCUGGAAGCAGUGAGCGGUACGAUGGACGCCCAUCUCCGUUACUUCAAACAGGGAUACGAGCUUUUGCAUCAGAUGGAGCCGUAUAUAAAUCAGGUGCUGACAUAUGCUCAGCAAUCUCGGGAGAGAUCAAAUUACGAGCAAGCAGCUCUGAACGAAAGAAUGCAAGAGUACAAAAGACAGAUUGAUCGGGAGAGCAGGUGGUCUUCAAAUUCAAAUACAAAUGGUUCCAACGGAUCUCCAAAUGGGGGGGAUGGCAUUCAAGCCAUCGGGAGAAGCUCCCAUAAAAUGAUAGAGGCGGUGAUGCAGUCUGCUUCAAAGGGGAAGGUUCAAACCAUCCGCCAAGGAUAUCUUUCCAAGCGCUCCUCAAACCUCAGGGGCGACUGGAAACGAAGGUUUUUUGUUCUCGAUAGCCGAGGAAUGCUCUACUACUACCGCAAACAAAGCAGCAAACCAUCUGGCUCUGGCAGUCAAAUCUCUGGUCAGAGGAAUAGCUCUGAACUCGGUCAUGGGCUGCUGAGCCGUUGGCUUUCUUCUCAUCAUCACCAUGGUGGAGGUGGAGUACAUGAUGAGAAAUCUGUUGCUCAUCACACUGUUAACCUCUUGACUUCAACAAUAAAGGCAGAGAGCACCCUUGAUCAGAUGGAUUGGAUAGAGAAGAUAACAGGAGUUAUUGCGUCAUUGCUAAGCUCUCAGGUUCCUGAGAGGUGUUUAUCUGGUAGUCCUAUGGGCAGUAGCCAUCAUCGAUCCGCCAGUGAUAGCAGUUCAUUUGAAAGUUCUGAUUUUGAUCACACAGCUGUUGAAGAGUAUGCAUCCGAGAGGGAGAGGCCUGCCUAUCCAAACCCCGGCCGCCUAUCAAGAAUUUCACAUCAUCAUCAUCAUCAGCAGCAGCAGCAAUCAGGUCUGAAACCUGAGAAACCCAUAGACGUGCUGCAUAGGGUUUGUGGAAAUGACAGGUGUGCAGACUGUGGUGCCUCCGACCCCGAUUGGGCAUGCUUGAAUCUAGGAGUUGUUGUCUGCAUUGAAUGUUCUGGUGUCCACCGCAACCUUGGUGUGCACAUAUCAAAGGUACGCUCAUUGACACUUGAUGUCAAAGUGUGGGAGCCGUCUGUGAUCACCUUGUUUCAGUCUUUAGGCAAUGCCUUUGCUAAUUCGGUUUGGGAGGAAUUAUUACAGUCCAAAGGUGCCUAUAAGACGGAACUGGUUCCUACCGGGUUUUACAAGUCUUCUUCUGAUAAGCCCCAGCUUCUUUAUUUCUGUAAACCUAGUCCUUCUGAUUCCAUAGCCGUGAAGGAGAAGUUCAUCCAUGCAAAGUAUGCUUUAAAAGUUUUCGUACGAAAGCCCAAGGACCGUAGUCUAGUGACACAACAUAUAUGGGAGGCUGUUCGUGCUAAUGACAAGAAAGCUGCAUACCGUCUGAUUGUCAACUUUGAAGCAGACAUGAACUACAUUUACAUGCAAGAUUCCUCAGCAGGCACAAGCGAAGCGCAAGGACUUGGACUUGGACUUGGCAUGGAUGAGUUCGAGGGCUGCACCCUCCUCCAUCUUGCUUGUGAAACUGCAGAUAUUGGGAUGAUUGAGCUGCUCUUACAGUAUGGUGCCAAUGUAAAUGUUCCCGAUUCAAGAGGCCAGACACCACUCCAUCAUUGUAUCCUCAGAGGCAAAUCUGCAUUUGCAAGGCUGCUUCUUACAAGAGGGGCUGAUCCUCACGCUGCAAACGGUGCUGGCAAAACCCCUUUGGAGCUUGCGGUUGAAUCAAAUUUUAGGGACAAUGAGGAGGGGUAUCAAGUGUUGGCCUUUAGUUGUGUAAUUAGAGAAGUAAGCGAUGUGGAUACACUGAAUGACAGCAGGGUUUCGGUUUGGGACCUCAAACCGGAAGGGCUGCUGCAACUCCAAGUUGGGACUGCUGAAACCUCAAACUCAUUUAUUGUGAAUGUGAAUUGUGAAAGGCCAGAGAGAGCAUGGGAUAUGCAUCCAUCUAAUUUCUCUGUAAUUCUAGGCGAGUAA